CAUACGGCGUCGUUCUUUCUAGGAACUGCCACCAAGAAAACGCUCAAGAACUUCGCAUGCGCAUGAAGAAGUCGCGGGUUGCCAGGGCACGCACCCGUUUUGUCGUUCCCGUCAUAUUAUACGACGGAAAGCACAUAUGCAGAUCAGCAACGCUUUCUGGAGGAAUAGAGAUCUACACCCGAACUCUGGUGGACUAUCUGUGCGGUCCUUCACGCUGCCGAUUUUCACAAUUCUGCGUUUCUUUAGGACUAGUCGAGCCCGGCAGCUACGGUAGUCCUUCGACCUCCAGGCUCCGAGAGGAAUACGAAGAACUUUCUGAUGGAGCAGACAACACUUCGCCGUUGCCUGAAUUCGAUGCUUCACUGCAUGGUGAACUGCGGAAGGAAGACAUAGAGCUCCUGAGGCUGUUGUCAGUUCGCCAGAUUUGCGACUUGAUGGUUGAAGGCAAAAAGGAAAAGUACUGUCUCAAGAUGACUUCGUCGGAGAAGGUUGACAGGUUCAAGAGAUACCACGACUUCACUAUUUUUAAGCUUCCUUACCCUGGCUGUGAGUUCUUCGAAAAGUACGUUAAGCAGCACUACAAUCCCGAAGGCCUUUUUUACGACUGGACACAGCAUUUUGUUGACGUCGAGUUGGAAGUGCCCCAAACAAGUGUCGCCUCUGCACUCAACAUUGACUGGAAGAAUUACAAGCGUUGGGACCUGGUAGAGCUGACCAAGAACUAUCUGAAGUUCUUGCUGAAAGUUGUCAUCGACGGCGACUCCAGCCUUCUGGUGCACUGCAUUUCUGGCUGGGAUCGCACGGCUCUGUUCAUCUCCAUGCUGCGCCUAUCCCUGUGGGCCGACAACAAGAUCCACCAGAAUCUAUCAGCAUUAGAGAUGGCCUACCUCACUGCCGCGUACGACUGGUUCCUCUUCAGUCACAAUUUACCAAAUCGGGUACAAAAAUUCGAAGAGAUAUUCUUCUUCUGUUUCAACAUGCUCAAGUACAUCAGCACGGACGAAUUCUCAACGUUAAGCCUCAAGAGUAGUGGGGACACGAGCACUGAAAGCACGGGAACGUCCACUGCCUCAGAGAACGAAUCCCGGGAUACCCAUGCCAGCUGUUCGGGGCUUCAUGUUCCGGCAGCCGACACAACUACCACAGCACAUGGAACACGGAAGUUCGACAGGACUCAUGCAGCGCCAUCGGUACACGGGCUUGAAUUCGAUACAAGCCACGAUGCCAGCGUUGGAAGCACCUCGAGCAGUGGUAUCUCAGAUGCAUCGCGAGAUUUUUCUGCGCUAGCCGCACAUCGUCGCCAAUGUGUUAGUCGCAGGGACGAGGCUUUCGAAGAAGCUUCUCUUGAUGUAGACGUGGCGAGUGUCGAAAGUCUACCCCUUCUGCGAAUGUCCUCACAGCCGCAGACAGGAAAACUCGGUGAUAUUCACGAAAGCUGGCAAAUCAUAAAAGAAACAGGAUCUACCGAUACCAGUUUGUCAUCUGGUGCCGAUGGCGAUCCAAACACGUCCUCCUCAAGUAUCCCUGGAAGCAGGCAAGAGAAUAUGUUCACCUCCUCUGGUGAUCAUGUCUGCGUAUAUGCAAUGUGGUAUCGUGAAUGAACUGUCUGGCGAUGGUCUGCAUGUUUUGCGUAACCUA